AUGCCCAGGACCCCUGGCCCUCGUUCGCCUGCUCUCCGGGCUGGCCCACGAUUGAUUGUGCCACGCCAAAAGGCCCACCGGGUGGAGGGUCUGGGCCGGGUUCCAGGCUCCUCCCCCGCGCCAUCACCGCUAUCAGAGAGGUGCAUCCAUGGAUGGAUCCAUGAUCCAUGGCACGCUGGAGCCGAUACGCCGUCGCCGUGCCUCGCCUCCGUCGACCGCCAAGCGCCAGGCCCACGCAUGCCACAACGCUGCCGUGUCUGCGUGUCACCGCUGUCGAGCAGCAAAGCAAUGCACCUCAGUCGGUGGGGGAUGCGCGCGCGCACGCGGCUUGGACGCGUAGGCUGGCGGGAGAGUGUGGAUACAUCACCGCACAGAUGUACAUGCACAUGGAGUGCGUAA